UCUUCACCAUCAUCAUUAUCUUUUGUUCAAUAAGAUUCCUCCUUGUCAUUGAUUAAAGUAACCAAUGGCUUCCAAGCAACCUUUUGAAGGCGAUUACCUGUUGCUGAAGCCAGAAGAAGCGAGUGUGGUUGAUCUCAUUUGCCUCCUCUUUUCUUCUAAGUUAGACAGCAGAAAGUUCAUCGAGUGCCCAGCAGAGACGCAGUACAGACAAUUUCGACGACGAUGGAUCCUCUUCAUCUCCGUCGUGGCUCAGAGGGCCUUCCUUGCCUCCAAAACGUCCCUCAACAAAAUAGGCUACCUGGUGGAGAUGUGGCUCAACCUUCUCUCAAUCAAUGGCGGCUUCAUAAGGCUUCUGUUCAACAUUCUCAGAGGAGCGAUGAGAUUACCGGAGAGAUCGUCGGCGAAAUUUAAAUCGACGGUGGGAAUCCUUGACCCUCGAAUGAAAUUAGACAAGAGUAUUAAACCUGAGGAUACAAAGUACAAAGGGUUUCUAUCUAUCAUGGCCUCUAAAUUGUCCUACGAGAAUCCAAACGUCGCUGAAAGUGCUGUCAAAGAUUAUUGGGAUAUGGAUUUCUUGGGGUUCUACAGCUUCUGGAACGAAUACCAGCAACAUGAGUCCACACGAGCAAUCAUGCUUCGAGACUCGAAGUCUGAACCCAACUUGAUCGUAGUGGCAUUUAGGGGUACCGAGCCAUUUGAUGCAGCCCAAUGGAUCACAGACGUGGACAUCUCAUGGUACGAGAUUCCCAAAGUGGGCAAAAUCCAUGGUGGCUUCAUGAAGGCAUUGGGGCUGCAGAAGAAUGAUGGGUGGCCCAAGGAGGUACAAGAAGCCGAUGAUGAUGAGGUCCAACAUAUGUUGGCAUAUUACACCAUCAGAAAGGAGCUGAAAAAGAUGCUCAUGGAAAACGAGACUGCAAAGUUUAUAGUGACCGGCCACAGUUUGGGAGGAGCUUUGGCCAUUCUGUUUGCGGCUGUUCUAACACUUCACGAUGAAGCAUGGUUGCUGGAUAAGUUAGAAGGUGUUUAUACGUUUGGCCAGCCAAGAGUAGGAGACCAACAGUUUGGUGAAUUCAUGAAGGACAAGUUAAAAAAGUACGAUGUCAAGUAUGUGAGGUAUGUUUAUAGCAACGACGUGGUGCCUAGGAUUCCUUACGACGACAAAACCCUCUUGUUUAAGCACUUUGGUCCUUGCGUUUUUUUCAAUAGCUUGUACAAGGGGCAGGUCUUGGAGGAGGAGCCUAACAAGAAUUACUUCUCGUUGUUGUGGGUCAUACCCAAGAACUUGAAUGCAGCUUGGGAGCUAGUUAGAGGUUUUAUGAUCCCCUUCGUUGAAGGUGACGACUACAGAGAAGGGUGGUUAAUGAAAAUAUUCAGGCUGGUUGGAUUGAUAGUUCCUGGAUUAUCAGCCCAUCUUACUCAGGAUUAUGUGAAUCUUACUCGAUUGGGUACAUUACCUGCAUCUACGAAAUUCCAAAAUGUUCAAGAUUCCAAGGAUGAGUAAUGCAGAAUGUGUGCUAUUUUGUUUGUGGGUGUCAAAAUUUAUAUUCCCUAUUUGACACACCAUAUAAGGUCAGAUGGUUAAACAUCGUAUAAAAUAAAGUUCAAUAGUAGACCUGAUAGGAUAAGACCUGAUAAAUCUGGGUAGUACGUGGUGCGACGCUCUAUAAUAGAAGAUCUUGUAUUGUUUUAAGAUAAAUAUUAUCAUAUGUUUGAUACUGACGAGGACAUAUGGCCUGGAAGGUCCACAUUAAAUUGGCUAUAGGCAUGUGUAAAUUGUAAAUUUGUAAUGCUUCACAAUUCAAUCGCAUAGAUUAGAGAGGAUUCAGAUCUCCAAUUCAA